ACUGGCCGGUCAGGAUAAGGGAGGAUACUCAUUGAUGGGCCCAGCCCUGCCGCCAGGCGAGCCUCCGGGUCUCCCCUCACCUCCUUCCCCGGGGAGCCCCAUCGCACAGCCCCCGUCCCAGCCCGCUCGCCUGCACUCGGCUCUGGGCGGCGCGGCUCCUGGCACCUGCUCCCCGCGGGCCGCCCAGGGGCGGGCUCCGGAGUCGCGGCGGCUGCCCCGGGACGCGCGGGCCCGGGACUCACCCGCCGCGCACCUCCAGGAGCUGAGAAUCCGGAUCACUCCGGGUGGCCGCGGGCGGCUGGAUGCGGCCCGGCUCCGGUCGGGAGCGCCCUUCAGGUAUGAAGCGGCCACUGAGCCCAUCCCCCCCGGGUGAGAAGGAGCCCCCCGUAUCUGGAGCUGCCGAGUGCCCGCCUCGGCCCCCAGACCCCCCUAAGCCCAAGAGAGAAAGAAAACGGCCAUCAUACACCCUCUGUGACGUGUGCAACAUCCAGCUGAACUCGGCCGCCCAGGCCCAGGUGCACUGUGGGGGGCGGGCCCACCAGAGGCGGCUGCGGCAGCUCAGCCUGGGAAAGACGCCCGCGGGGCCAGCAGGCCCGGCCUCCGGCGUCCCCAGCCCCCUGCUGGCCUCCCUGCCCCUGCCCACCAGGCCUCUGCAGCCCCCGCUGGACUUCAAGCACUUGCUGGCCUUCCACUUCAACGGCGCCGCCCCGCUCACUCUCUUCCCCAACUUCAGCACGAUGGACCCAGUCCAGAAAGCUGUCAUCAGCCACACAUUCGGGGUCCCCUCCCCUCUGAAGAAGAAGCUCUUCAUAUCCUGUAACAUCUGCCACCUGAGGUUCAACUCAGCGAACCAGGCCGAAGCACAUUACAAAGGCCACAAACAUGCCAGAAAACUCAAGGCUGUCGAAGCCGCCAAGAGCAAGCAGAGGCCACAAACCCUGGCCCAGGAUGGGACGCUGGUGUCCCCAACCCCAACUCCAGCCAGUGGAGCCCCUGAAGAGCCGUGGAGCAAAGCUGUUCCUGCGGCACCUCCUCCUGGCCCCGAACUCCAGGCCCCCCUGAGUCCGGAACCCACGCCCAGGGAGCCGGCCCACUCAGACCUCCUGGAUGCUGCCUCCUCCUCUUCCUCCUGCCCACCCUGCUCCCCAGAACCUGGGAGGGAGGCGCCAGGGCCUGAACCGGCGGCCACCGCUGUGGGAAGCGGUGUGAGUGGGGAAGGCGGGAGCGAGAAGGGGCGCCUCUACUGCCCCACGUGUAAGGUGACCGUGAACUCCGCCUCCCAGCUUCAGGCUCACAACACAGGAGCCAAGCACCGGUGGAUGGUGGAAGGUCAGCGAGGUGCUCCCCACAGAGGCCGGGGCCGCGCUAUGCCCCGUGGAGGCGCUGGACACAAGGCCAAGAGAGUGACCGGGGCCCGGGGGGGCCGGCAGGGGCCCAGCCCCCCUUUCCACUGUGCUCUCUGUCAGCUCCAGGUCAAUUCAGAGACCCAGCUCAAGCAGCACCUGAGCAGCAGGAGGCACAAAGACCGCCUGGCAGGGAAGCCCCCCAAGCCCUCCAGCCAGCACAGCAAGCUGCAGAAGCACGCAGCGCUGGCUGUGAGUAUCCUCAAGUCUAAACUGGCCUUGCAGAAGCAACUCACCAAGACGCUGGCAGCCCGCUUCCUGCCCAGCCCGAUCCCCACCACAGCGGCCAUCUGUGCCCUGCCAGGGCCCCUGGCCCUCCGGCCUGCCCCCACAGCGGCCACCACCGUCUUCCCCGCCCCCAUCCUGGGCCCAGCCCUGUUUCGCACCCCAGCGGGAGCUGUUCGCCCGGCCACAGCACCCAUCGUCUUCACCCCCUAUUAGCCCUCCUGGGGAGCCCCAGGGCCGACCUCCCAGGAGUUGCUCUUCCCCUCCUCCUCUUCCUGAGAGGCCUCAGUUCCUGACACCCCACAGGAAGCCACCUUUUACAGCCUGGGGGUCCUGCCCAUUCUGGGAAGGGCUGGGGUCAUGCCAAGAGCUGCUGCCCUUCACUCAGUCUGCACAGGGGACUCCACUCAUGCACCCCCCGCCUGCCCAGAGCCCAAGGACCAUCCCUCUGCACCCUCCCUCCCCCCAGGCUUCUAGGGCUAGUCCUGGGCAACCCUACAUUUCCAUCCUGACUUAUGGGGUGCAAACUGGGAAACCCAAAGAUCUAUGCAAAAUCCUAGCCCCAGCCCCAUGGUGCUCUCAUUCCCCCACUCAAGACCUAUAUCCACGUGGCCAUCGCCCCAAGGAAUCUUCUCCUAGCCCGAGGACAAGACCGUGACCUCUAUUCCCGUGUCUUGGGCGGGGAGGCCCUCCCCACUCACUGGAUUCUCCAGAGAAUCACAGAGGUGAGGGAAGGGGUCUCAGGCUGGGAUGAGUCAGGGCCACCUGGACAAGGUGACCCUGAGGGAGCGGCAGAAGGGUGUGGAAGCCAAAGGGAGCAGUGCCAAGUGGGGCGAAGCCAAGGAGCUGCUGGGGUUUUCAUCUGCUGGCAGGACAGGGCUAGUUUUCAUGGAGGGCGUGAUCAGUCGCACACAAGUUCUCCCUUCUUGGCCUUUCAUUGAUUCCCCCUGAAUCCCAGCUCCCUGGCAGGAAAAUGGGUGAUGCUGGGUUUCCCUCAGACCAUGGACCCAGCUAGUGCUGAAUCCCCCCGGGGCUCCCCAGUGGAGAGCUUUCCGCUCCAGGUCCUCACCCCAAACUGGCCCCGGCACUUGGUCCCGCUUUCCCUGCCCUGACCAGCACCCCAAGCCCCCCUCACCAUGAAUCUGAGUGUGGGGAUCCAGUUGGGAAUCCACUCUCAAGACCCAUUUUCAGGCUGUCAAAGUCACUAUCACAACCUCCACCCCACCCCAGCACGGCUGCCCUCACCCCACAAUAUGGGACUUUGCCAGUAUCCACCUGUAUCUUCUUUUUUUAAAGUUGUACCCAAUGGGGGAACAAGAAAAGGGGGGGAGGGGAGGGAAACUUUUUGAUAACAGUUGUGGUUUUAUUGUGUCCAACACG